AUGUUGUUCAAGAUACUUGAUUACUUUUGUCUGUUACUUUUACUCUAUAAUCAUGACAUUUGUCUAUAACUAAGAUGGCGGGUGAUGAAAGUGACAGUGAUCUUAAACCCUCCCAAGUAGUAAUAGUUAGAGAAGUUUACGACAGCGAAAAUGCUCAUAUUAAAUUUGAAAUGGAACUGGAAAGAGCACUUGAGGCCGGUGUAAGUGUUAUAGUCAUAGAACCUGAACCGCUCGGUGAAGAAACAGCUAGAUGGAUAUAUGUAGGAAACCUCUUACAUAAAGUCUCUGUGUAUAGUGGAUUAUGUAGUAUCGCUUCAGGUUUGGCGUGGAGUUCUUUGGCAUGUACACCUUUUGGAAUUGUAUCAGUGUUAUGUGCUGGUUGCUAUACACUCUCAUGGCAAUGGGACCCUUGUUGCAAGUAUCAAGAAGAAAAAGAUUUACGGCACUUAUCCAAGCUGCCAAUUUUAAGUGAUUUGACAUCAGCGUCACCCGUUGUUCUAGUACACACAGAUAAUAGACGACAGAUUGUUUUACAUAACACUGUAUCAUUAGCUGCAGCUGCCAUAUGCAUAUGGAGAAUUUAUAAUAUUUUUAAAUAAUGAAAUAGAGAUUUAUGCAGCAUAUUAUGUUUGAUGUUUGCAUUAGGCAAAAAUGAAUAAUAUAUUUUUAUGAAAGGAGUACAUAUAAAGCUUGCAAGUGCUCUUUCUGUAUAAUAAUAAUUUUUGUAGGUUACAUUGUAAAUUUGUUAUAAUUUAAUAAAUGUUAUAAAAAUUAUAAUAGUAUAAUUCUGUACAAAAACUUUUCUUUUAAAUAUAAGGAUGCUUUUUAGAUAGGACAGCAGGUUGUUGGAUAUUCUGUUAUAAACAUGAUAGCAGUGAAAAUAUAAUGAGUGAAUUACCACUGUUGCAAUGUAAUAAAAGUUAAAUUUAUUAAAAA